GAGUUAAUACGGAGAGAUUUCUGCUUCUGCGGUAGCGAAAAGAAAAGAGAGAGGGUGAGAGAGCGAGAAAGGAGGAAGGAAAGAAGCGUUCGCUUCUCGUGGCGGCAUUUCCCCCUCUCCCCUCAUUUAUUUCUCUCCUUCCUCCUCCUCCUCCUUCACUCUCUCUCUCUCUACCUCCCCCCUUCUGUUUUCCUGCAUUCUUCAUAAAACGCCCUUCCCUUUCCUCUCGUCUUCUUCAAGCAGCUUGUUUCUUUUCCUACCGUCCGGCGAUGAUCUUUUGACGUCAUUGACCGGAGAAGUCGAGUCCAGGAAUGUGCUGAUAAAUUUUACUGUUAAUGGUGCCGCAUGCCCCAUGCAGACCUAUGAAAGUUUCUUUUUUAUGUGCUCGCAGAGACCAUGGAACCCAAAGAGAAACCCCACCAUAUAGCUGAAUUUGUCGACAUGAUUUACUUGCAAGGGGAUGCUUUGGAGAUAGGCUAGUUUCAAGCAAUGCUGCUGUUUCUUGUUCAGCACGUUCUUCUUGCAGACUUGAACGAGAGUAACACUGCUCGUGCACGAAAUAUAGGAGAUGGGUUCAGUUUCUGAUAUCUCUGAAAUCGAAGAAUUGAUGAGCGCUGUUCAUGCUUCUAAAAAAAGUAGCUCAGAAUGCUGCAUCUCAAAGCCUGGAAACAAGGCUGGAAAGCAGUUGAUGUCAAUCAUAUCGCGAGACUAUGCAGUAGAAAGCAAAAUUAAUCAACUAUUUGAAGCUUUGGAUUCUGAAAAUAUAUCAAAGGAAUUUGGUCAUUGUCAACGGUCCGCGGCUGGUCCUCCAUGGAAAAAUGCCUCGAAAAGACCAAUCAGGGGUGGACUGUCACGUACAUCAGGAAUUGAUACUUCUGAAUCAGUAACUUUGAAGCAGGCAUUGAGAGGGUUAUGCAUUUCUCAGGCUUCAGAGAUGGCCUCUAUGAAGAGGAGGCUAAGAUCCGAUGGAAUAUCUAAUCCAUUUGAUACUUCCACCCCUAAGAGGCCACAUGGUAAACUUGUUAUUCAGGCAGGUGAAUCUACAAAGGCUGGAAAUUCCACAGUAGCGAAUACUUUUCUGGGCAAUGCUACCAUAGAUGCCUUCAAAAUGUGCAAUGCGGACAAGACAUCGGACAAAAGCUGUUCGGAAGAGAUCAGCCUUGUCCCGGACACUGGAUCUACAAGGGAACUUAGAUUGUCUUCCACUUUAAAUAAAUGUGAGUCUACAUCUUCGGAUGCAGCAUGUGCUAUUAAUUUGUUCAGCAGCUGUCCUCUUCUUACAGUAAGUAAUAAGAACGACAGAGAAAAAUGUACGUGUAUAUAAAAGCGAAAAUCAUAAAUUAUUAUGCAAUAAUAAACUAGAUCAGAUGAGAG